CACAGAAUACCCCUUCGGUAACCCAACACUAGCAUCAUCAUGCAGUUCCUGUCGUUAUUUACCAUCGCGGCGUGUACGCUUCGAGCAGCAACCGCACCUGUCAAUGUCGAGAAGCGUCAGCUGGCUGGAUCCGGCCCUCUGAGCUCAUUGUCGUCACUUGGCAUCCCGUCCUUUUCGAACCCCCUGAGCAGCCUGGGUGGUGGUGGUGGUGGUGCCUCAAGCGGCAUCUCUGGACUUCAAGGCCUUUCCUCUGGCCUAGGGAGUGGCCUCACACCCACUGAAGGCACCAAGCGACAGACCACGGGAAGCUCUCCCUCCUUGACUGGCGGCUCGAGCAGUGGAAUUGGCAAUUGGGGACUCCCCAGUUCUGGUUUGAGUGGACUCGGUUCACUUGGCUCAGGCAUCAGUAUUCCAAAAGGCUCUGGUAGCAGUAGUCUCGGUGGCUUGCAGUCUUCAACGGGAACUUCUACUACAGGCACUCCAGAUACAGGCGCAUCAGGCAAUGCAUCCAGCGAUGGGUGUCGUGCCCUCACCCUACUUUUCGCACGUGGUACUGGCGAGCUAGGAACCAUGGGCACGGUUGUUGGCCCACCUUUAGCUAAAGCACUGGCAAAUGCCCUGGGUGAGGACAAGGUUACCGCUACGGGAGUCGAGUACGCGGCGGACGCAGGAGGUAAUGCGAACUUGGGUGCUUCUGGUGGUCCGGCUAUGGCCUCACAAGCGAAGGCAGCCUUGAGCUCGUGUCCAGAUACCAAGCUGAUUCUCGGCGGAUAUUCGCAAGGUGCGAUGGUUGUUCACAAUGCAUUGAGUGCUCAAGGACUCGACGCAAGCAAAGUAGCUGCCGUUGUGGCAUUCGGCGAUCCACUCAGAAGUCAGGCCUUCGCAGGCGUUGAUGCCUCCAAAGUCAAGAAUUUCUGCGGAUCCGCCGAUUUCCUUUGCUCUGCUGGCGGCGGCACGACGAGCUCUGGAAGCCAUCUCGAUUACAGCGGCGAUGCGGAGGCUGCAGCCAAGUUUAUUGUUGGCGUGGUUGGAUUGUAAAAUGGAUACGGGGGAAAUCCCGACUCGCGUUGGCGAGUUUGGCGCUUGGUGCCGAUGCUGUAUUUUCGGACGCAGUGCGCACAUGUGUAACGCCAAGCAAUUCGGCUGUGCUUGGUUUUGCUUGGCUCACAGGCGGAUUCCCGAGAAUGGGUCUUGGGACAGCCGCCGGGACUCCCUCCAAGCGACUGCGGUGGUGCGAUACGGCGGAUAUGGCUGCUGCUCUCUCCCUGGCGGCUCUGGCGCAGCCAAACGCCAAGCACUUACUCUCCUUACUCUCCGAAAUCUGGACUACUGGUAGUCUCAUGCCAACGUUGUUAUGUAGAUAUUACCGACCAUUCCUUAAGCGGUAUUGAUUAGAACUUCAUGAAGG